AUGCGCGAGGUCAAGAUUAUCUUCCCAGAAGUAACACAGUCCAUCAACCAACAUAGCGGCAAGAACGCUGGUAUUUGUGGAAGUAUAUAUACCGGAGCGGAAUCAAAUGUGGCUACAUGCAAAAGCAGGUGCCAUGAAAUUGCGAGCGUUAUGCUAUACAUAAAGGGAUAUAGUUAUAAGAAUCGUGCAUGGACAAAAAGACAGGUGGAUCAACGUUGGGGCGAUAGGUUUACGGAAUAUUUACGGUGUACACUGGCCACUGAGGUGUUACUACAGGUCUAUGCGAAUACUGAUGACCACAGGGAUGUAAUAAAGAAAGUUAAGGAAGAAAUGGGGAAACCGGAUACUACAGGGAACCAAAAAUAUGGUACAGGGGUUUGUGAGGACAGGAACUAUGGAGAGGCCAUAUUCGGAUUACGUGGUAUUGGACCAAGCAUAAAGAAUCAGCUGGAGCAAUGGAAGAGCGGUUUGGUAGGAGGCCACGCAGGAAGUGCACGCGUCACAGGGAAGAAGUGUGCUUGGGCAGAACAGGACGUGGAGGACAGUGAACAGAAGUGCAAUGUACAGUCGGGGCAGACACCACACGACUCUGCGCUCAUGCAGAGAAUAAAUCACUGGACAGAAGGUGGUCUCUAUCCGCGGGUGAAACAGUUGUUACAGGACAUGAAGGCAGGACGCAUUCCCGGGGGCAAAUGUGACAUGGAGAAGAACAUUAAGAAGAAGAUAGAGGACACGGUGAAGCAAGUGAAGAAAACAGCGGACAAGCGGGAUGAAGGCACUGUGCAGGUGACGGCAUCGGGAGCAAAAGAUACAGCAGGCGCAAAGAGUGCACCGGUUCAAACCGCUGCGAAACCGGCGGCCGGCUCAGAACCACCACCACAACCGGUCAAGCCGGCUACAGCUGUCAAACCAGUAGCGGCGCAACCGGUACCACCGGCAACGACGACGGCAUCAGCUGGUGGUGGUUGUAAGGCUGGUUCUGCCGCAGGAGGGCAGCAGGAGACGGGGAAGAAGACCAAAGCAGACGAUUGUUUAGGAGACAAAAUACUGGAGUCCACGCCCAAGGAAGUCUACGUGGCGUAUCAGUAUACUGUAAGCAAAAGUAAACAAAGAAUGGAAAAGGAAAAAAGAGGAAUAGAAGGAAAGCAUAAUUUAUUCAUAAGGUUGCAUGAAUAUGUGCAGGAUGAACACUGGAACAAGGUGCAGUCAGUGCUGCGGGAGUUUAUUGAGUAUUUGGGGGACAAGAAUCAGGACUUUGACGCACACGGUGCUAACUGUGAUAAUAUAGGUUGGAAUGAUAUGGUAGACACUGCAUACCAUAAGGGACAGAGAGUGGCGGAUAUGAUGAGAUGCAGAAUCAUGUCAGGUGCACUGUGGUUUGCAAAUCAAUCACAGGGUAAACAACAAAAAGAUAAAGAGGUCGCAAGGCUAAGAUGUGAGGUGGCCCAUGUUUUGGGGCAUUUACUAAAAGAGAUGUACUGUAAGAACCAGGGAGGACCCAAGAGAGGUAUAGAGUAUGCAUGGGAAACAUUUAGGAACAUGAAGACUCCUGGCGAAAGUGGACCUCCGAUAGUGGGGGGACGCGUUAUAGAGGAAACGUGCACAGAGUGUGGGUACGGGGAAAAUAAGACGAAUAUCACAGCCAUAAAUUUGCGCAUAUCACAAUGGUUACUGCAGGAAGGAAACAUAAGUUCUGAAAUAGCACAAAUGGAACCGGCAAUGCCGUGUACAAUAAAAUGGACAGAUUAUAUUAAUGAGGCGGCACAGGGGGAACAGUAUAUAAAGAAGGGGGCCACAGAAGGGAAAACUAUCAAGGAAAGUGUGAGCGACGUAGGGAAGGAGAAGAUAAAGGCAGCACAGAAAAAGAUGACAGCAGCAGUAGCAGAGGUACUUGAGAAAGCGAAGAAAGAAGUAGAGCAACACGUUCAGAAACAGACAAAAGAAGGUACGAAUGGUAAUAAUACUAGUACAAAGAAUACGGGCUCUACCGAUAAGACGGCACGCGGAUGA